AGCCAGGCGCCUAGCUAGCUGUUGCAGGAACAACAUCAUGGACAUUAGAGGCUGGCGGUGUCCAUGGCUACUCAACAAAAUGGGAUGUUCAAAUGAGCUUCACUUCACUUUGAGGACUUGAAGAUACAGAUAUUCUGAAAGCUUUUUUAUCUAUAUGAAAACAUUGUUGUGUUUUUUUUUGCCCCCGGUGGCGUCGAUUUAAGCCGGAGCAGCGAUGAGGGGAUACAGCACGGGCUACAGGCAGAGACAGAUGAUCGGGCUGCUACACAGAUUUAGCUUCACUAGCUAGCUAGAGAGAGAGAGAGAGAGAGAGAGGCGCGGCAUUGAGUGCAGCUCGCGCUUAUUUUCUUCUCAUCGACACCUUUCUUAUUUUUUCUCCCCAGGUUAAAUGUUCCUUAGGUAUUUAGAGCAUCUGCCCAGUCCUGACCCUUUCCGGUUUGUGAGUACAGGCUGCUAACAGUGAUCUCGCUUGUUGCCACGGCAUCAGAGCGGCGCGCGCCGGGCCUGCUCCUCACAGCCCUGCUAAUAGGUUCCCAGCUGCGCGUGUGUGUACACUCUUAUUCCAGUGUACAACAGAUUUAUUAACGCUGAACCUUCUAGCAUAUGCUGUAUAAUUUGUGUGUAGGUUCGUAUCAUCGACGGUCCUAUUCUGGCAGUGCGGUUUCAGUGUCACUGAAUGAUAGGCGCAACGUAUUAUGCGUUAAUGUGGAAAACUAUCCAUGUCCCUUCGAGUACUGUGAAUGAAAUACGGCCGCCCGCUGCCGGCGAGGAAGCACGCGCCCGCUCUGUUCAACGCUCCUCGCUAUUUACAAGCUAAUCUAGCUAGCUAAUGCUUAGCUCUCUUGGCGAAGCAGGUCGGGAAAACGCUUUUGGAUGACGAUCGUGGAUGGGAAUUGAGAAGCAGGAUCCUCAAGAACAAAAUGAGGCAAGUUCUCUGAUGGAAGCAGUCUUCUUCAUGACCAGGAUGUACACCUCGCUUCGGCAGUUGGGAGCAUGUUUGCUGCAAUGAGAUAAUAGAAGAGGUCUACAUGAGAGAACGUUGACAUUUGUCCCUCCAGAUUCCCUGUUUGAUAUCUGAACAUCAGAAUAUGACCACGCAAGCUCUUCUGCCACUGUCGGGGCGCAGGAUACCCACUCUGUCUCCAGGUGCUUCGUCGUUUCCCCACCACAGAGCAACCUUGAGGCUCUCAGAGAAGUUUAUCCUCCUCCUUAUCCUCAGUGCCUUUAUAACUCUUUGCUUUGGAGCCUUCUUCUUCCUUCCAGACAGUUCCAAGCACAAGCGCUUUGACUUGGGUUUAGAGGAUGUUUUGAUACCGCACAUCGAGCCUGGGAAGGAAGGACGACAUAGCAGUGGGCAGGUCAUACACGGGCAAGGAGUACACGAUGAGCAUCGACACAGGGAAGAGGAGGAGAGCCUCCGCAGUAAAAUCCGGGCAGAUCAUGAACGUGCACUGCAGGAGGCCAAGGAGAAGCUUCGCAAGUCCAAAGAUGAGCUGAGGGCAGAGAUCCAGACUGAAAAGUCUAAGGUGAUGAAGGACCUGAAAAAGAAGGAUGGGCCAAAGCCUCUGCCCCCAGUGCCCAUGCCCAAACUGGUGGGCAUCAAUGAUGGAGACCCUGGAGACCCUGAUGUUAAAGAGAAACGAGACAAGAUCAGAGAGAUGAUGAAGCACGCGUGGGACAGCUACAGGCAGUACGGCUGGGGACACAACGAGCUCAAACCCAUUGCCAAGAAAGGACAUUCCACAAAUAUAUUUGGUAAUUCCCAACUGGGGGCCUCGAUAGUAGAUGCCCUGGAUACACUCUACAUAAUGGGCCUCCACGAUGAGUUUAAAGAUGGUCAGGAGUGGAUCGAAAAGGGCCUGGACUUCAGUGUGAAUGCAGAAGUGUCUGUCUUUGAGGUCAAUAUCCGUUUCAUUGGGGGACUGCUUGCUGCAUACUACCUCUCUGGACAAGAAGUUUUUAAGGUGAAGGCUGUUCAGCUGGCUGAGAAGCUACUUCCUGCCUUCAACACCCCCACAGGCAUCCCUUGGGCCAUGGUUAACCUCAAAAGUGGUGUGGGUCGUAACUGGGGCUGGGCUUCGGCUGGUAGUAGCAUCUUGGCUGAGUUUGGAACUCUGCACAUGGAGUUUGUGCACCUUACAUAUCUGACUGGAAAUCCUGUCUAUUAUCAGAAGGUGAUGCAUAUCCGGAAGCUGCUGGCUAAAAUGGACAGACCUAAUGGCCUCUACCCGAACUACCUGAACCCUCGCACAGGCCGCUGGGGCCAGCAUCAUACAUCAGUGGGAGGACUCGGAGACAGUUUCUAUGAGUAUCUAUUGAAGGCCUGGCUCAUGUCUGAUAAAUCUGACACAGAAGCUCGCAAAACCUAUGAUGAUGCUAUUGAGGCUAUUGAGCGUCACCUCAUCCGGAAGUCCAGCAGCGGCCUCACCUUUAUUGGCGAGUGGAAGAACGGCCACCUGGAGCGCAAGAUGGGUCAUCUGACCUGCUUUGCUGGUGGCAUGUUUGCCCUAGGGGCAGAUGGGUCACCAGGAGAAAAGGCUGGCCACUACCUGCAGCUGGGAGCUGAGAUUGCCCAUACUUGCCAUGAAAGCUACGAUCGAACUGUUCUGAAGCUUGGUCCAGAGGCCUUCAAGUUUGACAGUGGACUGGAGGCAGUUGCUGUGAGGCAGAAUGAGAAGUAUUACAUCCUGAGGCCAGAGGUUAUUGAGACUUAUUGGUACAUGUGGAGAUUCACGCAUGACCCCAAGUACAGGCAGUGGGGCUGGGAAGCAGCUCAGGCUAUAGAUAAAUAUUGCAGAGUCAGCGGGGGUUUCUCUGGGGUUAAGGACGUCUACUCCUCCAACCCCACCUAUGAUGACGUCCAGCAGAGCUUCUUCUUGGCAGAGACUCUGAAGUAUCUGUAUCUGCUGUUCUCCAGUGAUGAUCUGCUGCCUUUGGAGAACUGGGUCUUCAACACGGAAGCUCAUCCAUUACCAGUGCUGCAUCUGGGUAACAUCACCCUGCCCGGCAGCCUGGCAUAGCGAUAGAGGAGCCUCAGCGAGUGUGGGCACUCGCCUCCUCUUUCUCUGAAAGACUGCAGGUACCUGCCUUCGGGAGUAACUGCGUUGAGGGUCUCUUCCACUCAACCUCCUGGACUCUGGGUUUUUACUGCCAAGCAGAGGGGACCAGGACACACUCUAAAACUCUGUCAACUCAUCUAUAUGUCGCUUGUAUUUUUUAUUUUUUUUCCCCCCACUGUCUCUGAUAAGCUGCCAGUCAGGCACAGACGGCUUAUGUGACUCAUUCAUUGGCUGCAUGGCUCUGACAUUGAUGGAAUCUGUUAGAACACCACAACUCAGCAAAGAACUCAGCAGCAGUCAUGUGUUGCAGCUAACAAACAAACACGGAAAACGUCUUUUCUCUGUGGUGAAAGAGGAUUUUACAUGGCUUAUUGUUGGGUUUGUUUGUUUUUUGUUUUGUUUCUUUGAUUGCUUACAUUGCUUAAUUACUGCAGCAGGACAAACGGCUCUCCGGCCAAACUACCCCCAGACCCUCCACGACCCUGCCACCCCCCCCAUACCUCCUCACACUGAACUCUGACCCAGAGCUGGUGCUGUGGGAGGCAGCAGCUGGAUGUUGUGACCCCUGAAAUCUCUCCCACUCUCCUCCUUAGAGAGAACACAAGCCAGAGGCACCCUGGGAUCUCUGUGGCUUCUCAUGUACUGAUACAGUAUGCGCGUGAGUGUAUGUGUGUGCACAUUCUUGUGUUAGUCUGCUAUCAGCCUCCAGCACACUUCAGGCAAAUUCUGGUCCAGAUUUUUAGUCAAGUAUGUUUUUGGUUUGCCAUGGUUAGUGGGUGAAAUGGCUGAAGUUUUGCAUUUAUUUGCAGCUCUAAUAGAUUAGGUGUUGCUUUCAGGACUGUCAUUGCACAUGGCACAUAGUUUAUUCCAAACCUUUUUCAAACAAACAAACAAAAAAAAAAAAAAGAAUGAAAAA